AUGGCAUGUGCCAUUCAGCUCAUUGCUUCCAACUGGCCAUACUGGAACCGCACUGAAGGAGCUGACCACUUCUUUGUUGUGCCGCAUGACUUUGGAGCCUGCUUCCAUUAUCAAGAAGAGAAGUUGAUUCAUUGUAGCAGCGGCGAUGGCAGUGCGAGAUCAAUGAUUUUGGUGACUGCUUCUGUGGAUAGGAUUAUCAUGAAAAGACCCAUUCGUGUGGAUGUUGACCUCAGUAUAGUAGGCGCUGUUACAUGGGUCGGAAGAUCAUCCAUGGAGAUGCAGUUACAAGUAAUACAAAGCCAAGAUGCUAACAAUCCCUCUGAGUCGGUUGCUCUUGAAGCAAACUUUACAUUCGUGGCUCGGGAUGCCAAGACAGGGAAGUCAACUCCAAUAAACCAGGUCACGCCAGAAACUGAACAUGAAAAAUUGCUGUGGAAAGAAGCAGAAGAGAGGAACAAACUACGAAAACAAAAGAGAGCAGAAAGUAAAGAAGAGCAUGAGAAGCUGAAAGACUUAGAGAGGCUAAAUGAGUUAUUAGCGGAAGGACGAGUGUUCCUGGACAUGCCAGCUCUUGCAGACCGGGACAGCAUCCAAAUUAAGGAUACUUGCCAUGAAAACUCAUUGAUAUGUCAGCCACAGCAACGAAAUAUUCAUGGUAGAAUAUUUGGAGGCUUCUUGAUGCGCAAGGCUUUUGAGCUCGCCUUCUCCAAUGCUUACACCUUCGCUGGGGUUUCACCACGUUUUCUUGAAGUUGACCGCGUCGAUUUUAUCAAACCAGUGGAUGUGGGAAACUUCCUUCGUUUUCAAUCACGCGUACUGUACACUGAAGCUAACAAUUCAGCUGAACCGUUGAUAAACAUCGAGGUUAUAGCUCAUGUUACAAGUCCAGAGCUCAGGUCAAGCGAAGUCUCCAACAAGUUCUACUUCACCUUCAGUGUCAGACCCGAAGCCAUGAAAGAUGGAUUAAGAAUAAGGAAUGUGGUUCCAGCAACUGAAGAAGAAGCUAGAAGGGUGAUCGAGCGCAUGGACGCAGAGAGACCAGUCUCAUUGCCUUGA